ACGCUAGCCAAACCCCAACGAUCAGUGGCCAUUGCUUGCCUGCAGAAUUUCCUUCAAUGCAUUGAGACGCAGUGAAAAUUUGGAGCUAUAGCAAGUGAAUCUUCUCGCGUAAUCAUGCUCGCGAGGAAAGGGCUCAUCCAUGAAGAAUACCUGAUAACUCGUCUGGCAGAAGAUAAGUCUUCACAACCUCAGUACAAGGCUAAGACCAGGAAAGCACGCUUUGUGACAAAAAAUGGCGCAUGUAACGUGGCCCAUAAGAAUAUUCGCGAGCAAGGGCGGUUCCUCCAAGAUGUCUUCACCACCAUGGUGGACCUCAAGUGGCACCAUAGCUUACUUAUAUUUACUAUGACAUUUAUUUGCAGCUGGAUGCUCUUCGCCAUGGCUUGGUGGCUCAUCGCCUUUGCCCAUGGAGAUCUGGACCCCACGCGUAGCUCCUCUGUACCUUGUGUCACCAACAUCCAGUCCUUCACGUCAGCAUUCCUCUUCUCCAUUGAGGUUCAGGUCACUAUUGGCUUUGGAGGUCGCAUGGUGACUGAACAGUGUCCUUUGGCCAUCACCAUCCUCAUCAUUCAGAACAUAUCUGGAUUAAUCAUCAACGCGGUCAUGUUGGGAUGCAUUUUUAUGAAAACUGCUCAAGCCAACCGCAGGGCUGAGACCCUGAUCUUUAGCAAAAAUGCAGUAAUAGCCUGCCGAGAUGGCAAGUAUCGUUUCAUGUUCCGAGUGGGCGACCUGCGGAAAAGUAUGAUCAUCAGCGCUUCCAUCAAGAUACAGAUAGUCAGAAAGACCAUGACUGCAGAAGGAGAGGUCGUUCCUAUCUCCCAAGUGGACAUCCAGGUAGAGAACCCUGUAGGGACAAAUUCUAUAUUCUUGGUGUCACCUCUUAUUAUCAGCCACACUAUAGAUGAAAAAAGCCCUCUGUAUACAGUCUCAGCUUAUGAUCUGGGCAAUCAGGAACUUGAAGUGGUAGCAAUUCUUGAAGGAGUGGUUGAGACAACAGGUAUCACUACCCAAGCAAGAACAUCCUACCUGCCUGAAGAGAUCCUAUGGGGUCAUCGGUUUGUUCCCAUUGUUACCGAAGAAGAAGGCAGAUACUCUGUGGACUACUCCAAAUUUGGAAAAACGGUGAAGGUCCAUGGACCACUGUGCAGUGCCAAAGAUCUCUUAGAAGGAAGAUUCAGUGGUCUCCACAGAAAUGGUGGCCACUCGAGGAUUGUUAAGAAAAGACAAAGAGAAGGUCAAAACGUUGCAACCAUUGAAAAGAAAGAUGAUGUAGAAACUCGGUCUGAUGAUUCCUUAUCAGAUUCUUAAAGGAAGCUCGUGUGGUGUGAUUUAAAUUAAAAAAACAA